AUAAAUUUGAGAUGAGAAAUAUUAAUGAUGACGUUGGCUUGGUUGAUCGAUAGUAAUCACUUGGAUAAAUUGUGUAUUUGUGAUUUAACAUAAAUACAUAACGUUAAAUGGAAAAAUAAAUCGAUGUGUAGUUAAUAAAAAGUUAAAAACUAAUAACGUGAGAUAAAUUGGAUUACAAAUUGUGGAUUAUUAUUUACACUAAAAUAGUGGAUUAAUUAAGAUGGACUAAAUAAAGGCAAUUAGAGAAAUUUCAUAAUUUGGAUCUAUUAUCUGUAAUAAUAUACAUUUCGGAUCUAUUAUUUUAUAAGUAUUACAUUAAUAACAACAUCUUUAAUUGAUGAUGAUUAGUAAACUAAUUAUAUAUGCGGAGGUUGGAUUAAUAAUAGUAAAUAAAUGAAAGGCCGAAUUAAAAAUAGUAGAGUAAGGAAUAAAAAUUGAUAGAAGAAACUAAUCGAUGAUUAAUGGCAAAAUGAAAAUUCGAAUUAAUGGCUAAACAGAUUGAUAAACUCAACUAAUAAUAAGGGAAAAUUUGGUGAAUAAUUAAGGUUAGAAAGUCGACUAAUUAUAUCAUCUUAAUUAAAAAGGUGAUUAUCUAGAGACCGCAAUAGAGGAAGAAAAAUAGAAGCAUUGAAUUUGAGGUGAUGAUGCUUAUGUGGACUGAUGAUUGUAUGACCACGAGAGCGGUUUAGAGAUGCCUUAGUCAAACCUAGUCAUAAAUAAACAAUCCAAUUAUGUUGAACACUUGUUUUACUUUGUUUGGUGAUUGCCUGUGCAUUCGGUUAAGAGAUGACCGGAUGUGGCGGUAACACCCAUUUCCCAAUUAAUGUUAUUUCCGCUGCAAAACUUUUUAUCUGUUUGAAAGAAUAAAUCAAGUUUAUUAUCAAUAAAUCUAUUAUUUCAAGUAUUAUUUUGGGAGGGAAAAUGGGGGUGUUACAUGGCGGAUGGGGUCCAGGAUGUGGAAUACCUUCUUACCUUUGAGAAGCUUGCCGAGGCUGGGAUAGGUAUCGCCCGAAUAUCUGGACUCCCCAUCCCUUCUACGUUCGUCUCCGGGAUCCGGGCGGUUCUGUCCUCCGAGGUGAGUACCUUAAGGGCCAAUGCCGCCCGGUACUAACUCCUUGUGUUUCUUGUUUCAGAUCCACCCCCAACUCAAGCCCAAAUGAACAACGAGAAGCUUCUGAGGAAUAGGAAGGGCAAGGGUGCUGCCGCCGAUGCUGCGCUUACCAAGGCCAAGGCUGGCCAAGCCUCUGAGUCCAAUUCCUCAGCUUCUCAAGCCGAUCGACACACGGUUGAGGCGGAACAACAUCUGAUUGCCACGGUGAUGGAAGAGGGGUCCCAAGCCCCCAUUGUUGAAUCUGGCGUCCCCGAGGUUGUGGCGCCCCCGCAGACAGUCCCCCCUAAGGGCGAGGACAAAGCGAAAUAUAAAAGGGCGAAGAGGCCCCGUGAGGCUGGCUCUUCGGGCCCAGUGGUGCAGGAAACGACCACCCUCCCUUUGAGACGUCCGGCCACCGAUAUCUGGGAGGAAAUCGCCUCUUUGGUCGGGGUGGAAUUACCAUCCCGGACGUCCACCGAAGCCACCAGCGCUGCUCUGGCAGUCGCCCUUUCAUACUGGGCUUUGUGUUCUUCAAGCCGAGGCUGCUAGGGAUGUGGACGCCCUGCAGGCCAAAAACAAGGCAGAGGCCGCGCUGAAGAAGGCGCGUGAAGCCGCUCGUCUUCACGAGAAAGAAGCAGCAGCAAAGGAGAAGGAGCUGCAGGCCGCUCUAAAGGUUAAGCAAAUGGUUGCCUUUGAGAAGGCCGGGUUCAAGCUCGCCCCGGUCCUUCCCGCCCCCAAGGAUGAGGCCCUUCAAUGGCUCGUCGAUUCCUCUGGGUAUGAAAAUACCGGGGCAUUUAUGAUUGCCGCCCAGAGGUACUGCGGGGGUGCGUUCGGCGACGUGUUCUCGGCCGAGCUGAAGAAGUAGAAGCCGAAGGACCGCCUGGCGUUCGGGGUCCGUGUGCUUGAGAGUGCUCCCUUGUCCGACAAAUUUCAAUACGACGUCGGGGACAACUCCUUUGCCAUAGGUUACAACGAGGGGGUGAAGGCCUCAUUGCCCGUCUUCGUCGCGCUGUAAGGCCCCAGCUUCAACUUGGCCCAGCAUACUGAGGAUGCCGAGCUGAUAUGGGCUCUGGGUAAGCUGGGGAGAGAUCGGCUCCGCGAGGGGGCCAAGGCAAAGGGUGAAAUCCCGGAACCCCCUUCCCCCGAACCAGAGCUCGAAGAGGAGGAGCCCGCCCAGGAAGACGCUCGGCUGAGUCCCCCUUUUUUGUUGAUGUAAUUAAUCUUCCCUUACUUUUG